AGGCCAUUUACCAAUUACCAUACGAGUUGUAUACCUCUCUCCCUCUUAUUGCUCCCCUCAUUGUUCUUCCUUUCUCUAUACCAGUAUUCUACUGUCCACUCCCAAUUCUUUAUUCAUCCAAUUCUAUUCUUAAACCCUCUCAUUCUUAUAAAACCAACAACAAACACUUCUUAAUCUUAUAUCACAAUACAUCCCCCAUAAAUAUUCUCUAUUCACCACUUUUAUCAUGAACUCCAUAACUCCAACCAUUUUCAUAAUCCAUCUCUGUUUUCUUCUCUUUCCUACACAAAUUCCUGCUAAAAUCCCUUCUGACCAUAAAACCCUUCUCAAAAUCAAAACUUCCUUUCUAAACCCCAACAAUGGCGGCCAUGGCCUCCAUGAUUGGACUCCAGAAAACCCUCACUGUAACUUCACUGGUAUUUCUUGUGACCAUAAUUCUCAUGUUAUUUCACUCAAUAUUACUAGAAUCUCACUAUUUGGUUACGUUCCUCCUGAAAUUGGGUUGCUUAAAAACCUACAAAAUCUCUCUCUUAUCGCAAAUAACCUCACUGGAAAACUACCCACUGAAAUUUCAUUGCUGUCUUCUCUUAAAUACAUCAAUAUCUCAAAUAACAAUUUCUCCGGCGAAUUUCCCGGCGAAAUUUUCACCAAUAUGUCGGAGCUUGAGUAUUUUGAUGUGUAUAACAAUAAUUUCAGUGGAAAACUUCCCACGCAAGUUAACCAUCUGAAGAAGUUAUUAUACUUUCAUCUUGGUGGGAAUUAUUUCUCCGGAGAGAUUCCGGAGAAUUAUGGUGAAAUGUCAUCUUUAAAAUUUCUGGGUUUGAACGGAAAUUCACUUUCCGGUAAGAUUCCAGCGAGUUUAAGCAAGCUGAAAGAUUUGAAUAUGCUAUAUCUAGGAUACUACAAUACCUUUUCCGGUGGAAUUCCGUCGGAAUUUGGUUCAUUGACAUCAUUGAAGCUUUUAGAUAUGGCUUCAUGUAAUCUCUCCGGUGAAAUUCCGAAAACACUGGGGAAUUUGAAGAAUGUUCAUACUCUUUUUAUGCAAAGGAAUCAACUCUCCGGUGAAAUUCCUACUGAGUUAUCUGAAAUGACGAGUUUAAUGUCUUUGGAUUUGUCAAGCAACUCUAUCACCGGAGAAAUCCCAGAAAGUUUCUCUAAUCUCAAGAAUCUUACCUUAAUCAGUCUUUUCCAGAAUAAAUUCCAUGGAAGAAUCCCUUCUGGAAUCGGUGAUUUGCCCAAUUUGGAGAAAUUGCAAGUUUGGAAUAACAAUUUCACUUUUGAAUUACCCAGUAAUUUAGGUUCUAACAAUAAGGUAAUAACCGUUGAUGUUUCGGGGAAUCGUAUCACCGGAGAAAUUCCCAAGAGUCUCUGUAAUGGCGGAAAAUUGAAACUGUUGAUUCUGUUUGGUAAUGCUCUGUUUGGUUCUAUCCCGGAAGAGAUUGGAAGUUGUAAGUCGUUGGAACGCCUCCGUAUUUCGAAUAAUCAACUCUCCGGUGAAGUUCCGGUGGGAAUAUUCAAAUUGCAGAACUUAACAACUUUAGAGCUUGGUGAUAAUGUAUUUUCCGGCAGGAUUCCAGCGGAUAUGUCAGCUCGGAAAAUAAGCGAGCUUAUUUUAUCCAAUAACCUUUUUACCGGCAAAAUUCCCCCUGCGAUUGGGAAUUUGAAAAGUCUGAAUACAUUAUUGUUGUAUAAUAAUAGAUUUUCCGGUGAAAUUCCAUCGGAGUUGUUCAGGUUGAAUCAGUUACAGAAUUUGAAUCUUAGUGUUAAUAAUCUUUCCGGUGAGAUUCCGGAUGAAAUUGGCCGGUGUAAGACUUUGAUUCAGAUUGAUUUCAGCCAGAAUAUGCUCUCCGGUGAGAUUCCGGGAUCGAUUUCUGAUCUGGGAGUUGUUGCAAUCUUGAAUUUAUCUAGGAAUUCACUUACUGGGUAUAUACCAGAAGAUAUUGCCAGUAUAACUAGUCUUACUCAGCUUGAUCUUUCCUACAAUAAUUUGUAUGGAGAAAUCCCUACUGGUGGCCAUUUCAAUGCUUUCAAUACAUCAUCUUAUAUUGGAAACCCGAAUCUUUGUUGGGUUAAUAGGCCUCAACCCUGCCCUGUUUAUAACCGGGCUUUGAUUGAGCACCGGUUUAGUACAUCCAAGUUGAUCAUUUUGAUCAUUGGACUAGUCACCGUUGUGCUGUUGUCGCUAGUUACACUGAUCAUUUACAGGAAGAAGCGUCUAGAAAGUUCUAGAGCAUGGAAGAUUGAACGAUUCCAUCGCCUCGAGUUCAAAGUGGAGGACGUGAUCGAAUGUCUUAAGGAAGACAAUGUGAUUGGUAAAGGCGGGGCAGGGAUUGUGUACCGAGGGACAAUCCCUGACCCGGAUGGUGGAACUGAUGUAGCUAUAAAACGGUUGUUGAAUCGAGGGGCGUCAAAUCCAACUUCAAAAAAUGAUCUAGGGUUUUCAGCCGAGAUAGCCACCUUAGGCAAGAUUCGACACCGGCACAUAGUGAAAUUGUUGGGUUAUGUAUCGAACAAGGAAACGAAUUUGCUGGUGUAUGAGUACAUGCCAAAUGGAAGCUUAGGGGAGAAGUUACAUGGACCGAAAGGAGCACAUUUGCAAUGGGAUGUGAGGUAUAAAAUAGCAGUGGAAGCAGCAAAAGGGUUGUGUUAUUUGCACCAUGAUUGUAACCCAAAGAUUUUUCAUAGGGAUGUUAAGAGUAAUAACAUACUUUUGGAUUCUGAUUAUGAGGCUCAUGUUGCUGAUUUUGGGCUUGCAAAAUAUCUUUGGGAUGGGGGUGCGUCUGAGUGUAUGUCCUCUAUUGCUGGAUCUUAUGGCUACAUUGCUCCUGAAUAUGCCUACACACUGAAGGUAGAUGAGAAGAGCGAUGUGUACAGCUUCGGAGUAGUGCUGCUCGAGCUGAUCACUGGACGAAAACCAGUGGGAGAAUUUGGUGAUGGUGUAGACAUAGUAAGAUGGGUGCGAAAGAUUGAAUGCGAGAUUCCUGAGCCAUCGGAUGCAGCUACUCUGUUGGCUAUCCUGGACUUGAGGUUACAAGGUUACGCGCUUUCUAGUGUAAUCAACGUGUUUAAGAUUGCCAUGCUGUGCGUUGAGGAUGAUAGCUCCAACAGACCUACUAUGAGAGAAGUUGUUCAUGUCCUUACCAAUCCUCCCCAACGUAUUAUCUCCGCUCCCAGCUUAAUCUGAUCUCAAAUUUCGGCCAUUUCCCUGAUUGGAACGAAAACUUUGGAGUAUUAUAAAAUAGUAUACCACUAACAUUUUGAGUAAAUGAAAUUAAAUAUAUAUCUACUAUCCAAUAAUCAUCAGUCUGGACUCUAGCUGGAAGGACUGCUUCAUUCUAGUGUGUGUAAUGCAUUGAUUAUUAUUGAUAAUGUUUAAUUAAGCUGUAUAUAUAAAUAUUUGUAUACAAAUUCUCAAAUGAAACAGUUUUAUGGUGAGAUAUAUCUAUUUAGGUGAUUCAA